GGCGACUUCCGUUGAGCGUCAAGGGGAAGGAGCUGGAAGCGGCGUUAUGGCGGCGGCCGUGAGAGGAGUGCGGCGGAUGGUGGGGCUGGCCGGGAGGAACGUCUUCCUCUCCCCGGGGCCUCCGUGGAGAACUUCUCAACUGCUGUGUACUGUGACACAGGAGAAAAGCACUGGACCAAAUGUAGAAGAGGACUCAAACCAGAACCAUGUUCAACAGAAGCCUGAUUUUGACUCUGCCACCAAGAUACUUACAGAGGAGAAGACCAAACUGGAAGAACAAUUAAAAGAAAUUACUGACAAAUAUAAACGUGCCCUGGCUGAUGCUGAAAACCUACGACAGAGAACUCAGAAAUUGGUAGAAGAAGCAAAGUUAUAUGGAAUUCAGAGUUUCUGCAAGGACUUACUGGAAGUUGCCGAUGUUUUGGAAAAAGCAACUGAGUCAGUUCCCAAAGAGGAACUGAAGGAUGAAAAUCCUCACCUGAAGAACCUUUACGAGGGCCUUGCCAUGACAGAAGCUCAAAUACAGAAAGUGUUCAAAAAGCAUGGCUUGAUUAAACUGAAUCCGCUUGGAGCCAAAUUUGACCCAUAUGAACACGAAGCUUUGUUCCAUGUUCCUAUGGAAGAGAAAGAGCCUGGCACUGUUGCUUUAGUAUCCAAGGUUGGAUAUAAGCUGCACGGCCGUACUUUGAGGCCUGCUUUAGUAGGUGUUGUGAAAGAACCUUAGCGAUAUUACCUGAAAUAAUCAAAGCAUCUCACAACCGUUAUGAUUCCUGAACAGUGCUCCACUACAAGAUGUGGGAAGCUAAACCAAAUGAUGGGUGGAGCAUCAGUGCAGAUGAAGCAAUGUUAAAACUUUUUUUUAAUGAAUAUGGAUAAUGUGGAGAGAUGAGUAAGCGGGUGGUAUGAAUUCCAAGUAAAAGUCCUGUGUAUCCUUAUAGUGAUUAUUCAGAGGUGUUCUGCAUUGUAACUGGGUAAUUUAUCAACAAAAAUAAUGCACUGUAGAUAUUAUCCAAGAUGAAAGGCUUUGAACGUACAGUGUAAUUUUAUAUCUUGUAUCACACUGUUUCUUGCUUAUUCCUUCAUAAAGAGAAGGUUACACACCA